AUGCACCUCCUGAGGAAAACUCUGCCCGGGAUGCUCAUCUUCGCCGCCUUCCGACCAUUCUCGGAGAUGAACCUGAAGCACACGAUCGCCCUCAAGACUGUCCCGGGAACGCUCAAGAUGAACAUGGGCAGGCUGACGGCCACACAGGUGACGCUCAUUUUGUCCGACAUCUUCGGAGUGCAGAGGACAAGCGAAGAGCUUUUGGAGUUUCUCGAGGUAACCGCCAAGGGAAACCCUCGCGACGUGAUCCACAUGAUGGAGGAUCUUUUUAAGGAGGGGAUCGUGGAGGUUAACCUGGGCGCCGUGGUCAUUCUCAAAGAACUUUCGGAGAACUCUCUCAAAAUCAAGGAUCAUACUUCAGCGCCCGUGAUCGCCAAGUACGACCAGUUGACCAGAGGAACGCAACAGCUUGUGCAAGCCGCCGCGGUGAUCGGACAGGAGGUCCCCCUUGACCUGCUUGUGGACGUCCACGCCAUGCUGACGCCUUCCCGGGAGAACAGUCACCCGACGACUUCAUCGCCGACGUCUGCUAGUGCGUCAGACGACGCUAUGGUGGCGCCCGGCUCUCCGGCUGAGGGAGGAAGGGGGGGCGGGGAGAGAGACGACGUAGAUGCGCAGAUCAACACGCUGGUGAGGGUGGGGCUCUUGGAGAGGAGUUCCCCGGAGUCGGUGAGGUUCGUGGCGAACUACAUGGUGACGGUAAUCUACGACAUGAUUCUGCACUCCAAGAGGCAGGACAUGCAUAAGGCAGCGGGCGAUCAAGACUUGGCCGUCAACUUUUUGGUGAUGGCGGCGGAGGUGGCUAUUGCGUGCGGCGACCCGACCGAAGCACAGCUGGCAUGCGGUGCUGUCACGCAGGCUGUGGACGACUCUGGCGCGUCCGGCCAUCUCACACUCCUAGAUCAGGCAUGUCAGACAGUUGUGCUGCAGGAGACGAAGUUCCACCUGCUGGUGGGGCAAACCGCAAUCUUGUCUCAAGACUGGGAGAGCGCUGAGAUGUCGCUCCAGCUCGCCGUCGAUAUGUCCGGCGUGGAGAACAACCCUAAGCAGAGCUUCGCAGACAAGAUACUCUCUGCGUGGAAAAAUCGACGGAAGAAGGGCCACCCUAGGGCGGGGAGCGGCGGCAAGGGUACAAACCCCUAUCGAUGGAUUGGCUACAACAACAACGCUGUACCGGCAGCAAAGGGCAAGCAGGGGAGAACAAACACCCUCACUUUGUAUCAGAGAGCCGAGCAGGCUGAGUUAUGCCACCGGAGCGUUUCGGACGCUUCUACACAGUCCGACGAAAGCACAUCGCACCGCGAGGAGGUGCUGGACCUGACCAACGUGGAACGCUACGGGCCGUGCGGCGUAAUGCUCAAGAAGUGUGGCAAUGAUGCCAAGAUGCUGCUGGAUCGAUUGAACAAGUACCAAGAGGCGACGAGGAGCUUUCACCGAGAUCUCCUGACGGACAACAAGAAAAUCAUCCAGGCACACAAUCAGAUGUUCGUGACGUCGGGGGGCAUCCUGUCGGUGUCCCACCGAACGGACCCGUCGGUGCUGCCGCGUUACUUGAGGGGGAACAAUCACGUAAUGGGGUUUAAGGAUGCCAAGAAGAGUCUUCGGCAUAAGCAGCAGCAACAGAAGACCCCCCCGGCUCUGCAGAUCAACGUUUCCCCGCGCUUGUCUAGCGGCAACCUUGCAGUUUCGCGCGAUUAGGUGCACCAGGGACAGCCCAACAGGUUAACCCAACCUGUCACCAGAGCCAAUCGGAAACCAGGGGGGGGCAUUUUUAUAUUUCUUGUGCUAUUGGUGAUUCCAGCCAGACGGCGAAGGGAAACCCCUCUGGCAGAGAAGAAUAAAAGGAGGGAGAAAUGGCAGCCCCAAACCUACCCAUCAGCUGUUGUUCGAUGCCGAAUGUGUACGACUCUCAAAGGGUAGAGAAGCGCGGUAGGUUGUUUUUCUUUCGUUUGCUCUUUCUGCGUAACAUGUUAUUUUUCGUUUUCGGGGAAACUGGAUGCCAACUUUCGACUAGCUAUUGUUUAGAAGUUUAGGGUUUUGACCAUGUCCACGUUGGUGAUGCUUGUAACAUGUGGCAUGGCAAAAUUGUCGUGAUAGUUGUUGCUGCUCUUGUCAGCAGUUUGUGGUGUCAUUUGGCGGUGCUGCCGUAGACUACUGGCCGAUAGUUUUUGUGCUGUUCGUUGUUGUUCACGACUUCCAGAAAAUAACUCGCUGCCCAUUUGACUACACGUCCACAAAUGCGCAUGUUUGCCGUGCCUCCCGGGAGAGGUGACGUUAUAACCCAAGGAUUCAUUCUCGAGUGCACCAUUUCGAAAGGCG